AUGAAGUUCUCCCUCAGCUCCGCCUUUACGGUGGCCCUCGCCGCACAAGGCGCUGUUGCCAGCAGUUGGUUUGGCAAACCUGUGUACAACAAAUGGCACGAGACGGAGCUUGAGCGGUGGUUGAACGACUACAACAUCCCUCACCCCACUCCUUCAGACCGCAAGGAUCUCGAGAACCUUGUCAAGGACAACUGGAACGACAAGAUUGUUACUCCCUACAACAGCUGGGAUGCUCAGACUCUUCAGAACUACUUGACCCUCAAGGGCCAACAGGCAAAGAAGGGCACUGAGAAGAACGCACAGAGCCUCGCUCAACAGGUUCAAGCGAUCUGGGAAGAGACUGAGGACUCUGCCAACACUGCCUACUCCAGCGUCAAGGACUGGAUCUUUGACAGCUGGACCGAUUCCCAGCUCAAGGCCUUCGCUGACAAGCACGGAAUCCCCGUCCCUCAACCCCGCCAGCGCGACAGCCUUCUCAAGGUUGUCCGUGAGAACUACCAGACCGCCGCCAACAAGAUCUCGGAGACUGCCGCCUAUCCCGGUGACUGGCUCUACGCUUCCUGGUCUGACUCUGACCUUAAGUCCUGGUUUGACGAGCGUGGCUACCCCGUUCCCCAACCCUCAAACCGCGAUGCUUUGAUUGCCAACAUUCGCCGCAACUCUCGCCUUGCCAGCCUGAACUUGCAGAGCGCUUACGCUUCAGCCUCUUCCUCCGCCGCCUCCGCUCAGCAGAGCCUCAGCGAUGCUCUCCUCGACUCUUGGUCUGACAGCCAGAUUAAGGAGUGGGCCGACAAGAACGGUAUCAAGGUUCCCCAAGGCUCUAAGCGCAAUGAGCUUCUUGCCCUCGCCCGCAAGCACCGCGCUCAGCUCUAUGGUGAUAACGUUUCCGCCUCGGCUUCCAAGGCCUACGGUGCUGCUACUUCCAGCGCCAACGCACAGUACGCCCAGGCUACCAACGUCUUCGCUGGAUACACCGACUGGAUCAAGGCUCAGCUCGGCAUCGCGACCGGCUACGAGGCUAGCGCCAGCAUCGCCAGUGCUUCCAUCUCCAAGAGCGCCGCCUCCGUAUCUGCUUCUGCCUCCAAUGUUGCGUCCGCUGCCUCCAAGUCGGCCCAGAAGGGUUACGAUGCCGCCGCAGAGAGCGCCAAGAAGGCCCAGGACCGCAUCAAGGAGGAGUUGUAG